AUGGAGAUGAAAGAGACGAGGAUAGAGAGGAUUCAACAACUAAUCGACGAGGAACGCAGCUCAAUCCAUACACCACAGGAGGCUACGAUCAUACAAAAGAUGAGUCAGUUGUUGGAUGAGUUACGGAGCUUGUCUGAAUCAUCAUCUGAGCAAGUUGUGACUCCAUGGACUGUCCACGGUACAAUCGAUUACCGUAAGAUGAUCGAAAUAUUUGGCUGCAAGGAGAUAGACGAGUCGCUUAUUGAUCGUGUUGAGAGACUAACUUCUCGUCGAGCUCACGUCUUCCUCCGCCGUGGCUUCUUCUACGCCCACAGGGAUCUUGAUAAAAUUUUGGACUGUUAUGAGAGAGGAGAGAAGUUCUAUCUCUACACUGGGAGAGGACCUUCAUCAGAAUCUUUGCAUUUAGGGCAUUUGAUUCCUUUCUUGUUUACCAAAUACUUGCAGGAUGCUUUCGAGGUUCCUCUUGUUAUACAGAUUACGGAUGAUGAAAAAUGCAUAUGGAAGAAGUUAAAGCCGGAGGAUAGUAAAAGACUUGGCAGAGAGAACGUGAAAGAUAUCAUUGCUUGCGGUUUCGAUGUCAAAAAGACUUUUAUUUUCUCCAACUUCGACACUGUUGGCGGUUCUUUCUAUGAGAACAUGGUGGAGGCUGGAAAGUGUGUUACACUUAAUAAGAUUCGGUCUACUUUCGGCUUUACCGGAGAAGAUUGUGUUUCAAAAAUCAGCUUCCCUAUGGUGCAGGUAUGUCUUUUUGUUCGUGUUUGCGUGUAUUAUGCAUCUAAUAAUGUAUUUUCUAUACACUUGCAGGCAGUUCCAUCUUUUCCUAGCUCAUUCCCAGACUUGUUCCCUGGUAUUAUGGACAAGCUCCGUUGCUUGAUUCCCUGUGCAAUUGACCAGGAUCCGUAUUUUCGGAUGACUCGUGAUGUUGCACCUCGGCUAGGCUAUAGGAAGCCUGCUCUAAUUGAGUCAAAAUUCUUUCCUGCGCUGAGGGGAAAGAAUGGGAAAAUGUCAGCAAGUGAUGCAAAUUCCGCUAUUUAUUUAAAUGAUAGCGCUAAGGACAUUAAAAGAAAGAUAAACAGUGCUGUUACCGGUGGGCGAGAUAACAUGGAAGAUCAAAUAAAAUAUGGAGCAAAUCUUAAGGAAGACAUACCGUUUCAGUAUCUGAGUUUCUUCUUGGAAGAUGAUGCCGAACUUGAACACAUAAGGAAGGAGUAUGGAGAAGGAAGAAUGCAAUCGGGACAAGUAAAGAAGAGACUCGCUGAAGUUGUGGUAGAAGUUGUGGAGAAACACCGCAAUGCUCGAGCUGCUGUUACUGAAGAGAUGGUGGAAGAGUUCAUGGCUGUGAGAGACCUCUCCCAAGCAUGUUUGAGUAAGGAGACCAGAGUUUAG